UGACGUCUCAAUAUGAGUGAAACAUUCUCGAUGGGACAUAACAUAAACAAUUUCUCUCUUCCCUUUGAUACCGCUACAUGAACACAAGGAGGCAAGAAAUCCGACGUGAUGUUGGAUUUUGUCUUGGACAGUUGGGAAGCGGAGAAGAGAGGACUGAGAUAUAUGUAUUAAAUAGUCACAGAUUUGAAUAUCAGUUUUUAUCAGUUUUUAAGGAAUAAAUAUAACUCUGGAAUAAUCUACACAGUCAAUACUUGUUAAAAGGUAGAUGUAUGUACAUCAUCUGCGUAAGAAGUUUGCAGGAAACAAUAUUUAAACACCUUAUUACAAUAAAAUGUAUAAAAAGUAAAAAAAAUAAAAAAUAAAUAAAACAAACGAGAGAAAAUGUUAGAUACACCCGUAUGUGUAUACUACAAGGACUGUUCGGUACAGUGUAACACGGAACAGGGAUAUUUAGUAAUUCAAACAGCUUCCAAGACAAAACCAAUACAAACAUUUUGAUGUAAAAAAGCGUUAAAAGAUUUUUUAAUGCAAUAAGUAAUUAUUUGAUAUCAGAAUCAAGUUGACAGCCGUAUCCCUAUGAACUGUCCAUAUCUAUGUUGAGAUACAAAAAGCAAUUUUAAGGAAAUGUUUUUCAACAAAUUGGGUGAUAAUAAGUUUAUGAUUGUAGGCCUACAUGUAUUUGAAAAUGAAAAUUUAUUUACAUUGAAUGCUGUUUUAAGAGACUCUUUUUAGUAUGUCAGGUUUUUUUUUUAAAUAACCAUGCAAUUUAGUACACAGAAUCCACAUGAAUAUGGACAGUUUAUUGAGGAACUAUGAAAUUUGUAUUGUAUUGUUACAUGUAUAUAUCAUGUCUAGCUUUGAAUAAAAAUUAUUUGAUUGGGUUUGGUUUGCAAUUAGAAUAUGAGAACAUGGAAAGAAUGUUACUCUCGGUACAAGGCGGUGAAAUUGGUAACUCACCCUGCUCAUAAUCAAGCAGGAUAUAGCUGUUAUCAAAAUAUCACAAAACUGGAAAUAUCAAAUUCAGAUUUCAUUCCACUCCACUCCGAUAUUUACCACAAGCCGACUCGUGUUUGGCAAGACGCAGUACAUUUUUGAUAUAGGUACUAUGAAGUAUUGGAAUAACGGUGACAUGAUGUCAGUCAAAUCACGUGUUUUGUGACAAGGAAGCGAAUGAUAGACACCAAAUAUUGUUUAACUGAUAGUACGGUGAGGCGUUUCACUACAUCGGGUUGGAAAUGACGGAACUGAGGAUAUUUUGUUUGUGGAUCUUUAACAUUACGUGGAUAUCUGGUCAAUAUCUUACUGGAGAGAAUAUCUGUGGAAAUAAAACAUUUAUGACAUGCUGCAAAGAUUAUGUACAAGUUGCAAACACAUGUGUGGAAUGUGAGCCCGGAUACUGGGGCUAUAACUGCUCCUCGCCCUGUCCACCUAAUCACUACGGACGUAAAUGUAGCCAGAUAUGUGACUGUUCACCAUCAGAGUACUGUGACAGAGGGUGGGGCUGUUUGUGUAAUGAGACCAGUCUAAAUUGUACAAAUACAGAAACGGAGACAACAGCAAAAAACCCGUAUGGAGCUGAUCAUACAGUCAACCACACCGAUAAAUCAGGCAAUAGUGCAGCUAACAAAAGAUAUCUUUUGAAUGUUGUCCUUCCUUGCCUAAUGUCAGCUAUACUUAUUCUACUGAUUGGCAUCUCAAGUUUAAGACUUUGGAACAAAUUCAAACGGAGAAGAGUUGAGAAAGAAACACAGGAACUGGACGAUAUUCCAGAGUUACACAUCGAUGGACCCACCUCUCCUAGUGCUUUACAGACUCCGCAGACUGGAGAGCGUCAACCGGAAGACACAUAUGCUCACACGACAUUUGGGAUUUACAACCAUGUAAGUCUGAGAGUACAAUACAGCAAAGAAUCUGUUUAUGAUACAGGGAAAAGACCGGAUAUAGACGAAUCUCCACCAUGUCCAGGACUACCUCCGGAUACGAUCUUUGAACAGGACGAGGAACCAGUUCACGACAGACAAAAAGAUAGUCAAUCAGAAUCUGAUGAUUCAGAAAACGAGUACUUCGACGUGAGUUACACAGGACAAGUGUUAUGUAGUGUACAAGAAUCGCCUGGACAAACAUCUUCGUUGACAUCAAAUUCGAAUAUGGAUAAUGAAGACGUUUCUGAUUAUGUUAACUGGAAAAGUAUGCAAGAGGGACACUUUUAUGGUAGUGAGGUGUAUUCUUGCAAUGAAGACGUAAUGUUACAUCAACAGCAUUUGAAGUAAUUUUAUCCUUCUGUGAUGUCAUCAGGUUUUUCCAAAAUCAAUGAUUUAUUUAGAUUUAUGCCUGGUAUAGAUGAAUAAUCAAUGAUACGUUUUCAAAUAUUGAAUCCAAGAGCAAUAACUCUGUUUCUAUUGAUUUCUUUAUCAAAUCUAUUAUGCGAUAGAUUUCCUUUAUUUUUUACAGACAUUUUGUAUUUUUUUGUGAAGAUACAGUUUCAUGAAAUUGUUAUGAAUGCUACUAUAUCGUCAUAACCAGUUUGUAUGGAAUUUUAAUAACACUGUUUAAUGCAAUUUUCUGACGGUGAUGUAUGAUUCUGUUUAUGUACGCCUCACAUCUUAAAAAGUAUGAGUAUUGACGACUUUUGUAUUUUAUUUGAUAAAUUUGUUAGUUUUAACUCCAAUGAAUGGAAUUAAAUACACAUUUAAAACUUAUAUAAGAUAAAACUGCGAGUAUGGAGUUACCUUAAGUUAGAAUUCCAGUGACUAAAUUUGUAAUUAGAAUCUGACAUAAAAAUGAUGUUAAAAUGUAAAAGAAUAGAUGAUAGAUGACAUGAAUGGACAUAUUUCGUCCGUAAUGAUUUAUACAGUAUUAGAGAUGGAUGUUCUUACGGAAAUCAGUAGUAUAUGUUUACUGCAAUUAUUGUUUAUUUUUCUUGUCAGGAUGUCAUCAAUGAAAUAAGUACGGUUUUUAAUCAAACUACAUUUCAAUGAAAUAUUGAAGACGUGCAGCAAAACUCUGUUGAGUUAUCCCCGAUCUCAUAAAUCACUACAAGUAUUUUUUUUCUAAAAGAAAUGUAUGCUUCCCCAUGGAACUUUUCAAAGGUAUUUUUCUCCCAUUUAUGUGAGAGUAUUCUGUGAUAAAAGUAAAUAAAAGUGUGCUAGAUUAACCGCUUUCAUUUUCAUGGAAAGAAAAGGAAUGGUUGUCAGUUGGGGUUUAGGAGAUUUAUCUGCGAAUGCUUUUUAUGGGACAGUAUUUUACUUUAAAUGCGUCAAUUGAUAAAUUUUAAUUCUGUGUAAGAAUCAUACAAAUGAUAAUGUAUUGAUGGAAAGGAUGUAUUUUUGCAUAUUUGAUAUUUUAUUUAAUACCACAUUGGACUGCAGUUUUUGUCUACUUAGAAACGAUACUGUUUCAUUUGAUUAAGGACAGAUAUACGUAUUAUAUUCGUUUGAACAUAUUCUGCUUAUGUAGCAUAUAAGGAAUUAAUGUUCCUAUUCUAACAUUAUUUUCGCGAAAACUUUUUUAAAAUCUGGAAUACAUAACAUAACGAAAAGUGAUAUCGUUCUGAUGACAUCAUAUCGAAAAACACUCGACACUGGUACCUUUUGUUCACACGACAGAGUUAUCCAAAUUCUGAAGGGCAAGGAACACCUGUAAGUGAAUCAUGGCAAACAAGGUCAAUACAGAUAUUUAUCUCUUGCUUGAUUGGUUUGUUUUACGUCCCGUCGAGAAUUUUUCACUCCCGUUGAGAGAUCACCAGCUGCAGGAGAAGAACCGCGAAUUUAGACCUACAUGUAAGCUUAGCACUAGGGACCGUAGCAGGGAGGUUCUUUAACGUGCCAAUGCAUGUCGCGACACAGCUGGACCUCCAUUUUAAAGGUGAUAUCCGAAAGAUCCGUGAUUAUAGCCUCUGUAUUCCGAUCAUUUGAUGAAGGAGCAAUCAGUAUCUAUGUUUACGUCUUAGUACGAGUGGGGCUCGAACUUCCAGUUAGGAAGCGAACGCAAUACGAUUGAGCUACCUCGACCACACCACGUGCUUAGGAGCUAAAUGUAAUAUUUGAUUUUCCCAACAUCGGGCAAAAAUGAAUUACAAAUUCCCCAAUUGAUACGAUAGGUUAUUAUUUUUUGAUUGUCGAAUGAAAGAUGAUGUCUCUAAUUACUUUCGACAAAGCCUUGCACUCUACCUGCUGUAAGAUGGAUGGUCAACCUUCACUGGUAUCGUUUCAUAAGCUCUAGUAGCUGGUGUCGAUGUUUAAUUCAAUCAUAUAAUUUAAUUUCAUUUCUAACACGGAAUUUGAUUGGCUUAAUACGCUGAAAAAAUAUUAUAUAAACUAACUUGCUAUGGAGACAUGUCCUUAAAACAAUGCUACAGAACUACAUUUUAGUAUUACUUCCUGUUUACUUAAGAGACCAAAAUAAAACAAGGAUAAAA